AAGGGCAAGAGCCAACAGACGCGACCAACGUGACCGUGACGCGUACGAUUGAAUAAUUGAGCGCUUGUGCCACAAUUGCGCUCUUGUUCAAGCCACACGACUUGAUCCUUGCCGCCAUCUCUGUGUCUGCUGCCACUCGGGGUGAAACCAGUACCAAUCACAAUUUACGCCACAUGGACUCGGAUGACGAACGGAUACUGCAAGAGGAGGAGGCAGAAUCUGCGCGAAACGUAUUUGAGCUUCCGCAGCGACCGCCGGUGUGGAUCAGGACCUACGAGCGGGAAGAGUUCGCUAUACGGCGCGAGUAUGUGCUCCGCACAUUAGAUGCGAAGGAACAAGGCAUCCCGUUAGACAGCAGCGGCGACAUCCGGGGGAUGUGGCGUAUCCGUCGGCUGUGGACUAGCGUCGCUGGGUUCUACGAGGGCAAGUUGGACCUUGCGGGGCGGAGCGAGAGGCGUUGGUACUCGCUAAAGAGACGGUUUGACCGAUUUAUGGUGGACGUGGCGUCUCUACGCACACAUAUACUCACACGCCCGCCGACGGUGCUGGAUGGCAGCUGCGAAGCGUUACUGCUCAUCGUCUCGUCGCCCUCCGCCCUUAACGACUUCAAGCACAAGUACAAGCUAGGCUACGUCGACCUCCCGGAAAUCCUCGCAAUACCUGAGAUGAUGGACGCCUUGUAUCCCGGCUGUCCCAAAGCUGUGAUUCAGAAGCUAUUUCUGACAGACCUCCCUCCGGAACUGCUCCUCUACAUCUUUGAGCUUGCUCACAUCGACGAUGCGCGCGCGCUCGGUGCCACUUGCCACGCCCUCAACGACCUGUCGUUGCCCUACAUAUACCAAACACGGCGCCUAGUGCUACAUGUAGACCCGACCUAUCUCGAGAAGGCGUUGGAGGAAUUCUCAGAUAUGGACAGGCGCUAUCUGACUCAUCUCAGUGCACGAAUGCGCACGAACCUCCUCGCAGAUUUCGGCUUCCUCCUCGCGCGCGAUGACAUCCUCAAGCGCGUCGAGCACCUGGUCAUCCAGAGCCUCUGGACGCCUAACUUGGCGUCCGCGGCGGGCUUCAAUGCCCGACGCGAGGCGCAUAGUACAUUCUUCUCGCCGAUAUGGAAGCAGAUCGAGGCUACCUUGUCCGCCGUGACGAACCUGCGCGAGUUCAAUAUCGAGAAGAUCGUUAUCACGCAGAACAUGAUCCAUGCGAUAGCGUCGUUGCGCGGGCUACAGACACUCAGCAUACAUAACUGCCCUGUCUACCAGGUCGCGCCAUGGGAGAUGCCCCCACCCUCUCGACCGUAGUGAACCUGAUUUUAUUCCCGCAGAAUGUCCCAGGCGCAGAGAUGCUCGAGAUGAUCGGGCUGGUCCCCAACGUCCGCUCGCUCACUGUCACGGGCCUCCCAAGGUGGCCCUGCACGCUUCCGAUCGACGACUUCCGCAGACAGUGCAACCCUUUCCGCGUCGUGGAGCGGGUCAACUUCAGCCACAUCGACAAUGAGGAUGUCUUUUUGCUGUUCAACUGGAUCCGCGAGGCCGCCGUCACCGCAGAGCACGGCCUGCGGAUCACGCACCUCCGACUCGAGCUCAAGUACGGCCUGCAGAGGGAUGAA